GCCUAUAUAGACACAGGGAGCUGGUGCUGGAAGGCAGAGGCAAGCUAGCUUCUUCCAUGGCUGCCGUUAGAGAUGAAUCAGACUACGACAGUAGCCGUCCGUCAUCGCUCACGGCGUUGGGCUCCCGCCGGAGCUGGAUCAGCGACAUUGGCAGCUCCAGCUCGGUCUCUGGCGGCGGCGAGACCCCCUGCCGCCACAACAAGCCCCACAAGGCCAACCAUGCCGAGUGGGAGGCCAUCGCGCGCGUCCGCGCAGCCGCCGCCGGCGGCAGCGUCGGGCUGGACCACUUCCGCCUCGUGCGGCGCCUCGGCAGCGGCGACCUCGGAAACGUCUACCUGUGCGAGCUCCGCGAGCCGCCGCACCGGCCGUCGUCUUCCGGGCGCCUCUACUACGCCAUGAAGGUUGUGGACAAGGACGCGCUGGCGUUCCGCAAGAAGCUCCGGCGCGCGGAGGUGGAGCGGGAGAUCCUCCGCGCCCUCGACCACCCCUUCCUGCCCACGCUAUACGCCGACUUCGAGGCGUCGCACUACGCCUGCCUCGUCAUGGAGUUCUGCCCCGGCGGUGACCUCCACGUUGCCCGGCAGCGGCAGCCCGGCCGCCGGUUCAGCGUCGCCUCCGCGAGAUUCUACGCGGCGGAGACGGUGCUGGCGCUGGAGUACCUGCACAUGAUGGGGGUGGUGUACCGGGACCUCAAGCCGGAGAACGUCCUGGUGCGCGCCGACGGCCACAUCAUGCUCUCCGACUUCGACCUCUCCCUCAAGUGCGACGACGUCGUCCCCAAGCUCCUCCGCCAACCGAGAGGGGACAGCGACGGCGCCAACCCGAGCUUGACCCAUGGUCACUCGUCGUCGUGUGUCCCGCCGAUCCAGCCGGUGCUGUCAUGCCUGUUCAACGGUGUAACACGCAAGCGCCAAGUGCCUAUGCCGGACGCUGCGGCCGUGGACGCCGACGCCGACGAGCAUUCCGAGCCCGAACAGACGUCUGACCCUGCAGAGGUGGUGGUGGAGCCCGUGGCGGCCCGGUCCAGGUCCUUCGUGGGCACGCACGAGUACCUGGCGCCGGAGGUGAUCUCCGGGCAGGGCCACGGCAGCGCGGUGGACUGGUGGACGCUGGGGGUGUUCAUGUACGAGAUGGUGUACGGCCAGACGCCGUUCAAGGGGGCGACCAACGAGGAGACCCUCGCCAACAUCGUCAGCAAGCGGCCCGUGGCCUUCCCGCGGGUCCCGGCGUCGGCGAGCUGCGGGGAGCGGGAGGAGCUGCUCUGGGCGCAGGACCUCAUGGCCCGGCUCCUGGCGAAGUGCCCCGGGAAGCGGCUGGGGAGCUGCACGGGGUCGGGCGAGGUGAAGCGGCACGCGUUCUUCCGGGGCGUGAACUGGGCGCUCGUCAGGUCCAUCCGGCCGCCGGAGGUGCCCGUGCCGGCAGCGCCGGUGGCAAGGAGCAAGGCGAAGACGAUGAGCAGGAAGGAGCGGCGGGAGCCGUACAAGCAGCAACACGAGGACCAUUUCGACUACUUUUGAGUUGACACCUUGUAUUCUAGACUAGACGAGCAGACGGGAUUAAGCGGUGUACAUAAAGUUGGUACUGGUUCCACAA